GGGGCGUGGCUUAUAAAGUGGGGCGUUGUUCCGCACAGCGCGCAUUAACGGUAGAUGAGAAGACAGAAUCGUAAGCUCCUCCGCCUGUAACCACCAAAAAUGAGGGAAAUCGUACAUCUUCAAGCUGGCCAGUGUGGCAACCAGAUUGGUGCCAAGUUCUGGGAGGUUAUCAGUGAUGAACAUGGUAUCGACCCCACUGGGACCUACCAUGGCGACAGUGACCUGCAACUGGACAGGAUCAACGUUUACUACAAUGAAGCCUCAGGAGGGAAAUAUGUCCCCCGUGCUGUGCUUGUGGACCUUGAGCCCGGUACCAUGGACUCUGUGAGAUCCGGACCUUUUGGUCAAGUUUUCCGACCUGACAACUUUGUCUUUGGUCAGAGUGGUGCUGGAAAUAAUUGGGCAAAGGGGCACUACACCGAGGGCGCAGAGCUGGUUGACUCUGUCCUUGACGUGGUUAGGAAGGAGGCAGAAAGCUGCGACUGCCUACAAGGCUUCCAGCUGACCCAUUCUCUUGGUGGGGGUACAGGUUCAGGUAUGGGCACCCUCCUGAUCAGCAAGAUCCGGGAGGAAUACCCCGAUCGCAUAAUGAACACGUUCAGUGUAGUGCCUUCUCCUAAAGUGUCCGACACUGUAGUCGAGCCCUACAACGCCACACUGUCGGUCCACCAGCUGGUCGAAAACACAGAUGAGACCUACUGUAUCGACAACGAGGCCCUCUACGACAUCUGUUUCCGCACCCUCAAGCUCACAACGCCUUCCUACGGUGACCUCAACCACCUGGUGUCUGCUACUAUGAGUGGCGUCACCACCUGCCUGAGGUUCCCAGGUCAGCUCAACGCAGAUCUGCGCAAGCUGGCUGUGAACAUGGUUCCAUUUCCCCGCUUGCACUUCUUCAUGCCAGGCUUUGCUCCCCUCACAAGCAGAGGCAGCCAGCAGUACAGAUCGCUCACAGUGCCAGAGCUCACUCAGCAGAUGUUCGACGCCAAAAACAUGAUGGCCGCAUGCGAUCCACGCCACGGGCGCUACCUAACGGUGGCUGCCAUCUUCCGCGGUCGCAUGUCCAUGAAGGAGGUAGACGAGCAGAUGCUCAACGUGCAGAACAAAAACAGCAGCUACUUCGUUGAGUGGAUCCCCAACAAUGUCAAGACAGCCGUCUGUGACAUUCCCCCCAGAGGCCUCAAGAUGGCUGCCACCUUCAUCGGCAACAGCACGGCAAUCCAAGAGCUGUUCAAGCGCAUCUCCGAGCAAUUCACAGCCAUGUUCAGGCGCAAGGCUUUCCUCCAUUGGUACACCGGAGAGGGUAUGGAUGAGAUGGAGUUCACAGAGGCGGAGAGCAACAUGAACGACCUGGUGUCAGAAUACCAGCAGUACCAGGAGGCCACAGCUGAUGAGGAGGGAGAGUUUGAGGAGGAGGGCGAGGAAGAGCUUCAAUAGAGUUGCUUUGUUUUUCCAAAUUUGAGCAUUUGCCUUUCGUUCCAGAGGAAAAAUAUUUCCAAGUUGGUUGCAGAGAAAAUCUUUGCAAGAUUGUGUCAGAACAUUUUUUUCCCAAGUUCAAGAAAAUUGUCUGCAGAUCUUCACGUGUAAUUUAAAAAUGAUCUUCCUGCUUGAUGCAUGUUAAAGUUCAGAACACCUGGAAAAUAUUUACACAGUUAAAGCCACUGUAAACCUGAGUCUUUCAGUGUUUCAAAUUAAAGUGUAACAACAUCCAAA